CUUACGUUAUGAAAAGAGUGUAUUUGUGUUGAAUAUAGAUUACAGACAGAUAGAUCAUAAAGUGCCUUUGUGAGACUGUCGAGUUUAAAGAAAACAAAGUCAACUACUGACUUUAACUAUGACAAUGCUGUGUGUAAUGUAGCAGACUCGUGGAAUAUCAGUUAUUAUAUAUAGUAAUACAGGGAUACUUUAAUUAUACAUAUGGGAAUAACCCUGCUGGAAGAAUGUCAUAACUUGGCGGGAAUACAAUUGCAAUGUAUAUGCAACGUGCUAUAAACUCGCUAGCUCCAUUGUGCUUUCAAGAACGCCACUGGUCAGAAGUAUUGGGUUUGUGCAAUCUUCAUUUCGAUACCGGGUAUCUACAAACAUUUAAUUUUUGAAAAACUGUGCAACAACACGAAAUUAUCAAAGGCAGUUAUUGUUCAGACCUAAAGAGAAGUUCCCAGCCAUAUGUAAUGCUAUUAAUGCGUCUCUCACGGAACAACAAUGGAUUUAUAAUAAAUCAUCCUUCGAGUGCGGUACAGAGGCUUAUCUUUGCCGUGAAAGGAUAGCUUGUAGAAAAUGGACAUUAAUCGAUUGCUAAGAUAUAGGUUUCAUGUGAACAAAACAGCAAUAAUAAAUAAUUGAUGUUUAAUUGACAAGAACGUGCCACAUUCUCAGCUUUUCGUCAUCAUGAGUAUAACAUAAAAGUAUUGUGAGUCAACGGAUGUGUUCCUUAAGGACGUAUAUUUUUUCAAUGAAACACGGGCUAUAAAAAUAUGAAAAUAGACGCAAAGCUCGCUUGGCUGGCGGAUGGAUACAAGCCCAAGUUGUUCGAGGAUGCUUCUCUGAAACAGAAAGAGGUAGAACCGACGAUCAGAGACAACUUCCUCCUGACCCCACAGGACGACCCACGAACGUUCGUGGAGUAUAACAUCGGGGGCCAGUCAGAGGAGGAGCCACGGAGACCAAAAACCGCUCAGAGGAGGAUAAAAAGCGCGUCCUCCGUCCACCUCAAGGACAGACCAUGGCGCAAUCAGGCUCCACCUAGAUACCCUGAAAGUUUUGUACCAAGAAGCCGACCGGUGUCGGCAAAACCGACGUCCACUCGGCCAGCCUCUGCUGUACCCGCGAGAGGCUGGAGCAGGAGCGUAACCCCGUCACCACGCAGAGUAAAGAGCGCAGGGUCAACAAGGACAUUGGCGGAGAAUCAUUCCCGUGAUGUGAUAGAUAAUUUGAGAAAAGGUUUCACGUUAGUUAACAAAUUGUAUGACAAUGCGAUCCGCAGCAGCAAUAUAAGACUGCAUCCUGCAAGCCCGGCACCGGAUUACCGGUACUUUGACAGGCACUCUCGUUGUUAUGACCACAACCACGCACACCUGAGGCUGUCCAAUUACCGACCCCAGCCUGCCUGUGGGGGGUUCCUGGAGAGCUGCGGCUCCAGGGCGAUUUCCCCCGCCCGCAAGGACGACCCAAACGUCCAACCUCAGCGAUAUAUUGACUAUCAUAGACCCAGUACCGCGCCAACCACGAGGGGAGAGUUGCAAUAUGUACAGAGACCCAGCUCGUCCAGAGGCCAUAGGCCACACUUUUGUAAUUUUGUGCACCAAAUGCACCUACACAAUAAGAAGACUGACGAGACAGAAUCUACAGGUGUGCCGGACUCAGAGGCCAGCGAGAAUGUGGACUUCAUCAUGGAGUCAGCGGAGGGAAGGCUUAUCAACAAAUACAGGAAGGAUAGCAAUCACAGUUCUAACAGCAGUCUACACAGAGGCUUGUUGAAGUCUCCCAAACUGGAAGACUAUGAGAAAGACUCGAUCCCAGAGAUGAAGGAAGAGAUCUUGUUGAGUGGGACAGAGGGUCGGCCGGGAUCACCGAGUUCCCUGGACGGAGACAGUUGCCAUGGGGAUGUAGAGGAUGGAAAUUUCACAGGCAUAGAAGUUCGAGUUACUUCCCCUGUUAAGUUUGAACAAGCUUUAGUAUCAAAACCCAAGUCCGAUCUGACAAAACACAAACCAAAACGUGAAGACCACAGUGAGUGUGGGGGUUGGCGGACAGGAGAGCCAGCACCUAUCCUUGAAGAAGUCGGGGACACAGAUGGCGGACGGACCCCCGCUGAUGGCCCCACCCCCUGGGAUGACUCCAAGUCCCGGAAGAGUGUGGACAGUGGCAGUGCAGGGCCAAGUGAGGGAUCGCGGACUGAGCGCCCACCAAGUCCACGAGAACCCCCACCCAGUCCAGAGCCUGUGCAGAAGGCACCCCCACCCACCCAGGCACCAGCCAGGCAGCCUCAAACACGGGGUUGCGUCAAGAAGAAGACCAAAAAGCCAAUAGAGCGAAUAAGAACAGAGAAAAAGAUGGAGGAAGUGACAGAAGCCCCACCACCUGUGGAGGAACACCCGUCCUCUCAGGAUAUACCCACUGACAGUGAGAAGGUAAAGCCUGAGGUUGACAUCAAGGUUCCUGAGUUGCCUAGCAACGUAGAGAAGGAGCGUUCUGGCCGUAAAGAGAAGGCCAAACACAAGCGACACCAGAUAGAGGUGGAAGACGACCUAGUCAAGCCAGAUAUUGGCGAGAUUCUAAAUGACCAGAUAAAAUUGAGUCGGCCGGAAUUUGACUGGUCAAAUAUGGAUAACAACGGAGUUGACGACAUCAAGCGUCCACCACAGAUCAAGUCGUGGAUCCAGGGUCGACUGGCUCUAUCACAGCAGUCAAGUCGCUUUGAGCUUCCCAUGGACAUGAAGCUUCUGGAAAAGAUGACUCCUCAGGAAUAUAUCAAGAAACAUUGCAUCAUCACCUCCAGGAGACAGAACCUCUACCAGAAAAUAUUCCUCAAGAACAAGGACAAAACACAUACGAUACUCAUUAAGGACAUUGACAGGUCUCUGAAGGAUGUACUGGUCAACACGAUCACAUCCGAGCAGAUCUCGGACAUCCUCCAUACCCUGGACAUUGACGAAAACACAAAAAUUGACUUCAAACUCUUCUGCGGCAUGGCCGCAUACGCAGAGAGGGUCCUCUACCCGAAAUUUGUGACGGAUGACACCCACGAUAUGCCGGAGUACCAGAGGGAAAAGAUCGAGUGUGCUGAUUUCGGCGCACUUGACUGGAAAAUACACGGCGUCAAAGUACCCCCCAAAAUGCUUGAGGUGCUCCGAGAGAUCUGCUAACACUAAAGUCACAUGUCAGGGGGGAGGGUAACUUAGUAGGACUAGUUGUAUGAACUCGGCGGUCACAUGUCAGGGGGGGGGGGGAUUAACUAGAUAGGACUUGUUGUAUGAACUCAAAAGUCAAGUGUUUGGGGAAAUAGAUAGGACUAGUUGAAUGAGCUUGGAAGUCACAUGAUUGGGAGGGGUGGGGUCACUAGGAUGAAUUGUAUGAAGCAGAUGUCAUGUUUCUAAGCAUUAUUAGUGCAGUAGUUCACAGGAUACAGAUGUACAUACAAGACAAUUUGUCCUGGGAUUCAACAUUGCAGUGCUUGAUUGAAUUCCCAAUAGGCUUAUCUGUGAGCUGUGGGAGUGGCUCCAUGCCAGAUGAAAGCCUACUUGAAAGAAAGAAAUGGAAAGUGUGAUUAAUUGUCAGAAUUUGAAGACUUAUGAGAAACACUGUCAGAAAGGACUGGCGCCAUAAUGUGGUUUGUAGUAUGUUUCAUCUUCUAUGCAAUUUCUCGGAGAUUACUUUAUGCAGAAACCUUUGAUGAUGUUGUUGUUGUUUUUGUUGUUGUUGUUGCUUGUGUUUUCAGCAAUUAUGUUACUUGUGUUUGUUCCUAAUCACAUAAAUGUUCUCAUGGCGGAGGCCGGUGAAUCAGGGUGAGACACUAACAAUGCUGAUCAGGCAUCUAGAUCAGUGGUCACGAUGAAAUCCAUUUUCAACAGUAGAAUGUAUAUUAUAACCAAGAACAUGUAGUACAAGUCAUUAGCUCAGCUUCAUACGCUAUUUCCUCUCAAGUCUGAAAUCCUGCUGCCUUACUUGAGUUGUAGACCUAGGACAUUAUGGCUUGGUUAGUGAAAAAUUAUCCCAGAUUUUUUUCCAAGUUGUUUUUAUGUCUGUGAGCACAGUUAUCAUCAGCAUUGUUUUAAACUAUGGUAAAAACAAUUUUAUAAUUUCUUAAGCAUGGCAGAACUCAGAAACAUGCCUUAUAAUUAUGUUGUUGAACAAAUACAAAUCUCAGUAUUUAUUAUUGGUAAUUCUUACUACUGUAGAAUUUUCCAACUAUACAUCAAUAUCAAUAUGUACUUUAUAAACUUUUCAUUACAGAUUAAAACAAAUGUGCAGACAAAUGUGCAGAUGUUUACUUUUCUUUGUAUUAUGAAUAUGUGCAUUUUCUAUAUUCUAUUUUAGUCAUAGAUUUACUUGUGAUAUUUUAUCUUUGUGAUAUUUAUGAAAUUUGGUCAUAUUUUUAUAAUAAAACUUCC